UGUCGGAACUUCUUCUUGCAUUGACCAGAUUCGAACAGAUCAUUACUGCCAAUUUAGUGACUUGGUGACAAUGGCAUCCAUGUCAACAAAACGAAGCAAGAACACAGACGACUUCCUGCACAAAGCUCGUCUGGAGUGUGGCCAGUGUGCACUUUGUGGUACGCAAGUUUGCACUGUCAUCAAUGAUCCUGAAACCAAGCAACGCCGUACCGAGCCCUUGACGGUAGAUGGCGUGGUGCACGGAGGAAGAUGUCUCUAUUGCUACCCUGCAAACAGUGCUGGAAUUGGCGCCAUGGCGGCAGCAGCAAGUGCAGCUGCAAUUGCUAGUUCCAGUCCAAGUGUACGAAAUGGUGGGGAUAUUGCAGCAGCCGUGGCAGCAGCUGUUACCGCUGCGCUCACCCCUGUCAUCCAAGGAAACAACAGCAACGAUGCCGACAUGACAGCAACACCUGUUGCCGGAUCUAUCCAGAAUGCAGCUGAAAACUCGCAAGAAGAAUCUGUGGUACGACCCGAUGUUGCAACUUCCACGCCCAUAUCUCCGUCACGCUCCGUUGCCUCCAGUACCAAUCAGCAUCAGCUGCCAACUGUGGCUGUGGCCAAUGCCAAUGCCAACAUGGCUGACAGCAACAUUGGUGAACCAAACACCACCAGCAAGCGUGUGGCCAAACGCAAACUGGGCAACCAAGACGGCGACAAUGAGAACGAGGACGAUGGAAGCCCACAACACUACAACGGGACUUCUUUGGCCCCCACAAAGAGGGUGGCCACACCCGGAUACCGAAGGCUUACCCAGGAAAACAACAAUUCUACUGAAAGGGGAUCCGAGAUGGCGACAAUUCAGGAUGAUGAUGGAUUGGACUACAUUGGGGUUGUUGAAACAGGUACCUCGAGCGUGGGUUAUGGACGAUUUGAACACACAUAUGAAGACGAAGAUGACGAUGAAGACUUGCGGGGAAAUGUCUCAAUCUACAUUGGAAACUUUGCCGGUGGCAAGUUUGAUGGAAAGGGUAAGCUGAAGCAUGCGAGAGGAACUGUAUAUGAGGGCGACUUUAAAAAAGGAGCACCUCAUGGCAAGGGCAAGUGCGUAUGGCCGGACGGAUGGUUCUAUGAAGGCGAUUGGAGAAACGACAAAAGGCAUGGUCGAGGGAAGCUUGUCGAAUACAAUGUCAGGUCCAAAAAGGAGGUGGAGAAUGGAGAGCAGUACGAAGGACAGUGGAAGAACGACAAAAUGCAUGGAAACGGAAAACUCAAUUUCAAAGGAGGAGGUCAUUGCAAGGGCGAAUUCGAGAAGGGAAAUUUGCACGGAGAUGCCAUGUACUACUUCAGUGACGGAUCCCUCUACUGCGGAGAAUUCCAAGAUGGUUUGAGAAGUGGGUAUGGCAACAUGUCCUUUGCCGACGGAUCUUGCUAUGAAGGCAAAUGGCUGGACAAUGAGAGAAAUGAGGGAACUUGCUUCAAGGAGGAUGGGACUGUCUACAAGGGCACCUACAAGAAUGACUUUGAAUACAACGGUGUAGAUACCCUGCCAGACGGCAGCGAACGCGUCUACAAAAACGGCAGAGUCCGCAAGAAGAAGUAGUCGGACCAUUCUUGUGUUUGUUUGGUGCAUACUCUAUUCUGCUGCAUGUUUGGUUUAUUUGUGAUGACCAUCGGUGCUUCCGCCUUCCAAGCUAAAACAUCUUACUGUUUCAACCAAUCCCCCACAACGCUGUUGAGUUUUUCAAAGCAUAAAAAUCUAGGACCUGCUUUUAUGGACUCUCGCU